AUGUCGGCAGUGACAGUGCCAAAAUCUGAUUUUACAGUUUCAUCAUUACUUAAUUCAUCAAAUACCAAUACCAAUACGAAUACAAAUACGAAUACUACUAAUAAUAAUACAAAUAUUGCUGCUAAUGUUACAGCAAAUUAUUUAAAUUUUUUAAAUAAAUUUCGACCAAUUGGCUUUCCAACACCAUUAUCGGCAGCAAGAGGUCUUUUAGCUCCUCCUCCACCUCCACCACCACCACCACCUCCAACUUCAUCAUCAUCAGAAUCAAUGCAUCGUUCACAGGAUGAUGGUAUACAUGAUGAUCCGAAAGCUGAACUUGAAAGUAAAGAUUUAUGGGAUCAAUUUCAUCAACAUGGAACGGAAAUGGUAAUCACAAAAAGUGGAAGACGUAUGUUUCCACCUUAUAAAGUUAAAACAUCAGGUCUUGAUAAACGAGCUAAAUAUAUUCUAUUAAUGGAUAUUGUGGCAGCUGAUGAUUGUCGAUAUAAAUUUCAUAAUUCACGUUGGAUGAUUGCUGGCAAAGCUGAUCCAGAAAUGCCGAAACGGAUGUAUAUUCAUCCUGAUUCACCAGCAACUGGUGAACAAUGGAUGUCAAAAAUAGUUUCAUUUCAUAAACUUAAAUUAACCAAUAAUAUUUCGGAUAAACAUGGAUUUACAAUAUUAAAUUCAAUGCAUAAAUAUCAACCACGUUUUCAUAUUGCACGUACCGAUUCAAUUGUUGAUUUAGGUUGGUGUCCAUUUCGAACAUUUAUAUUUAAAGAAACGGAAUUUAUUGCUGUUACAGCCUAUCAAAAUGAAAAAAUUACUCAACUUAAAAUUGAUCAUAAUCCAUUUGCAAAAGGUUUUCGUGAUAAUGGACAAGGUAAACGAGAAAAAAAACGAAUUAUGCUUAAUGAUCAUCAUCACCAUCAUCAUCAUAUUCAUCAUACACAGCAUGAUGAUUCAGAAGAUAGUGAUGUAUGUGUUGAUGAAUCAACAACAACAACAGCAACGACAACAACUACAAAUAAUCCUAGCAAUAAUAAUAAUAAUAGCAAUAUUAAUAGUUUAACUAAAUCAGAAGAAACUCCAUUACAUAGUUUAUUAUUUGCUGCUGCUGCACAAGCUCAAGCACAAAUUAAUCAUCCAUUACGACAUCAUCCUUAUGCACAUCCACAUCAACAUUAUUUUCAAUAUCGAAAUUUUCUGUUUGAACAGCAACAACAACAGCAACAACAAGCUGCUGCAACAGCAUUUCGUUUAGCCAAUCAUAAACGAGAACGUGAAGAAGUUGAUGAUGAUGAUGAUGAAGAUAAAGAUACAGAUGUUGAUUCAAAUAAAAGAGUUAAACGUGAAAGAUCGAACAGUGCAGGAGCAACAAGUACUAGUAGUAGUUCAGAUGAAAUAACAAAUAAAUCUUCAAAACCAACAUCAUCAUCACUAACAGCAACUACAAAUGAUGAAAUUAUUAAACCAGAUCCCUUAGCAAUGUUUAAUUCAAAUAUAAAUCCUCAACAACUUUAUUGGUUUUUACAAGGUAAUAAUAAUAAUGCAACACUUCCAACAACAUUACCAACAAAUCUUACAGCAAAUGAAUGGUAUGAAACAUUACUAUUACAACGAAGAUCAACAAUUCCAUUACCACAAAUGAUGCAACAUCAUCCGUUUUCAAAAUUAUUUGCACGUACAUUACCACCAUUAUUACCAAUUCCACGAAUGACUUCAUCAUCAUCAUCAACAAGUCCGAAAUAA